UGUUACUUCCUUUUAUUUCCCCGUCCGUUUUCCAGCCUCAAGAAGUCCUAUUCCAGAAAUUUUCAUUGCUACUUUCUAGUUCCAGUCUAUUUCUGGUCCUCCUGUUGUUUCAUGGAGAUUCAUGCAGACGACCAUAUAGUAUUCAUGGCGUUCUCUGCUGUUUUUCUGGUUCUUGCACUACUUUCUACUCAAAGAUUAGGACUUGCAAGUCACCGUUUGCCAUCCAAAUCACUACCAACGGACUCACACGUUGAUGUGAAAUCAUUGCCAAUGGACACAGCCUUGCUACAACUGACUUUGACUUCAGAUAUUAAAUCAGUUAAUGUGUUUGGUCUCUCUAGUAACUGCCAUAAGGUACAUGAUGCACAGGCUAUUAACAGUGGAUCCAUAUGUAUCUUUGAACCUUUGGCAAAAAACCUAAAUCACUCUUUAAAUGUAACUGUGGAAACAAAUUUCCCAGUUACACUCCUCGUCAAUGACUCCAAAGGAACACAUGUAUGCGAGAACAAAACUGAAACUUUUGGAGAACAUGGCUUUUACAUUUACACUAUCCAUGGAUAUAAAACCAAGACAAGCUGUAGUUUAUAUACGAAAAUAGAUCCAGACAAUGCAUAUUUACCUUUAUUGUAUGCAUUUUUGGUUAUUCUUGGGGUUGCCUUAACUUGGCUUGUUCUUCUAUAUCUUCUAAGGAAGUACAAUCUCUUGGUCAACUGGGAACUUUUUCAUGACACAGAAAGUCUUAUAAAUGCGGAUCUUGGAAGCCCCAAUUUCAAUGGCCCUGUAGAUGGUUCAGGACAUCACAUUGAUCCUCAUGAAUUGCAUGAAAAGCCAAAGAAACAAAGACUUAAAUCUUUGGACACAUUUCGCGGGAUUGCAUUGACUAUAAUGAUAUUUGUGAAUUCUGGUGGUGGUGGAUAUUAUUUCUUCAAGCAUGCCAGAUGGAAUGGGCUUACAGUUGCAGACCUUGUCUUUCCAUGGUUUAUGUGGAUUAUGGGUGUUUCCAUGGUUAUUUCGUUUCAAUCUAUGAGACGUCGCCAAAUGAGAUCCAUAACUAUCUUUGCCAAGAUUAUCCGUCGCACACUCAUUCUGUUUGCACUGGGGCUUUUUGUAAGCAAUUAUGCAGACCUUGCUCACUACAGAGUACCAGGAGUCCUACAAAGAUUUUCUGCUUGCUACUUUAUCACUGCCAUGCUCCAGUUGGUUAUUAAUCCUGGAACUGAUUCUAUCCUGCCAGUUGCUGCAUGGUGGAACCCUAUCAGGGAUGUCUUCGCUUUAUGGGGUCAAUGGCUGGUGAUGCUGGGCCUACUAGCUAUCUAUAUCAUCAUCACUUUUGCCCUCAAAAUUGGUGGUUGUCCAAGAGGUUAUAUCGGACCGGGGGGUCUUGCUUCACCUGAAGCUUACAAUUGCACCGGUGGGAAUGCUGGUUACAUUGACCGACACUUUUUUGGAUCAAAGCACAUCUACGGGCAUCCUACUUGCAUGGAAACAUACAAGACAGAGGUUCCGUACGAUCCAGAGGGCGCUUUGGGUACCCUGACUUCUGCUUUCUUGGUGUUCCUGGGAGUUCAGGCUGGUUACACCUUGCACACUUUCCCAUACAACAUAUCUAGAAUGAAACGGUGGAUAAUUUGGUCUUUGCUACUUGGUUGCAUCACUCUUGCGCUCGCAGGCAAGGAUAACGAACAUGUUAUACCGAUAAACAAGAACUUAUGGUCUGUUUCGUUUAUCUUUGUCACUGGUGGCAUGGCAUUUCUUCUGCUGACAUUUUGCUAUGUGACCAUUGAUGUCUUGAGAUGGUGGAAUGGCGCGCCUUUUUGCUACCCUGGAAUGAACUCUAUUCUAGUUUACGUGGGAAGUGAAAUUCUGGGAAGAUACUUCCCAUUUUGCUGGACAGUCAGCGGUCACGUGCAACACGCAGACCUACUGGCUAUGAACCUGGUCGGCACGGCCGUCUGGCUCAUCAUUUCAUAUUACCUUUAUUACAUUAAGUUUUUUGUCAAAAUAUAACUGAUAAAGCACCUUGUUAGCUUUUAAAUUUAGCGCAAUGAUUGGUUAGUUGAGCUUUUAAUUGAGUAUCUGAAGCCAUUCAGAUACUCAGUUACUCACUUAAUCCUCUAACUUCCUUGAGUGACAAAGACAGAAUGUCUCUUGGCGAUAUCCGUACGAUGUCAAGCACAUAAGUGUGAUGAGAAUAAAAAGAAAUAUCAUUUAGGGGAUUAUUAG